AUGCUCCAGAUCACCAUGUACACGACGACACCAACACACUCGUCCCACACGGCCCUCACCUCGUCGCUCCAAACGCUCUCCGCCUCCCUGCAGGCCGUCCACACGACCGCCGUCGCCGGCGCCCCGCCGACCCCGGACGGCGUGCCGCCCAACGCCCAGGACCAGCUCGGCAUGCCGCCCGGCGUGCCGCUCCACGACCCGGCCCGCCACGUCACGCCGGGCACGCUGCCCAACAUUCCGCCCGAGCUCGUGCAGUACGUCGAGAACGGGCGCAACCCGGACAUUUACACGCGCGAGUUUGUCGAGCUCGUGCGGCGGGGCAACCAGCUCAUGCGGGGCAAGAUGGGCGCGUUUGCGCAGUUGAGGGACGUGCUCGCUGGGGAGAUGAGGAGCGCCAUGCCCGAGGUGGCCGAGGAUGUCGCGAGGGUUGUGGAGAUGACGAGUCCCGUCAAGAGGGAGGGUGCUUGA